UUACAGGUGUUGCAAGAGAGCUGUUUGGCAAUCCAACACCAAAACUCCAUUUACACAAUAAUUUCACUUUUAUCGUAUUCAUCUUCUUUCGCCGAUUCCUCAGGACAUGUUUCAGUAACCAAACAACACUUAUCUCUCUCUCUUGUACUUUUUCUCUCCUGAAAUUCUCUUCAGCUAACUGGAACCAUGACAACAGCAGAUAUUGCUCGAACAGUGGUUGGCAUCAUUGGAAACGUAAUUUCUGGUGCCUUGUUUCUCUCCCCAGUGCCAACUUUUAUCGAAAUAUGGAAGAAGCGAUCAGUGGAGCAGUUCUCAGCAAUCCCAUACCUAGCUAUGGUGGUGAACUGCAUGGUUUGGACUCUCUACGGUCUACCCAUGGUGCACCCUCACAGCAUUCUGGUGGUAACCAUUAAUGGCUCUGGUUCUGUUCUUGCACUCAUAUUCAUCGCACUCUUUUUGAUCUACUCCGACGGAAAAAAGAGGCUCAAGGUUAUCCUCUGCCUUUUGUUGGAACUUCUCUUCAUUGCUGCUCUCACCUUUGUCACAUUAACUCAAGUUCACACCUUCAAGAAACGCUCUGAAAUUGUGGGAACAGUUUGCAUUCUCUUCAAUAUCAUGAUGUAUGCUUCACCCUUAUCUGUCAUGAAACUGGUGAUCAAGACCAAGAGUGUGGAGUAUAUGCCCUUUUUCAUCUCUCUCGCAUCUUUUGGGAAUGGCGUGGCUUGGACCACUUAUGCUCUCAUCCGUUUCGACCCAUUCAUCACUAUACCAAAUGGGUUAGGGACAUUGCUUGCGGUGGCUCAGCUGGUUUUGUAUGCCACCUAUUACAAGUCCACUCAGAGACAGAUAGCAGCAAGAAAUGCCACAAAAGAGGUGAAUUUGUCACAUGUUGUGGUGGGUAAUGCUACCCAACCAUCAUCCAAGCCAAAUCACUGAUCAUUGUUAUUAAUUUUGUACUCUCUGUUCUCUCCAAUAAGAGAUUUCCUCUGAUGCAAGUUAUUUCAACGU